AUGACACCUGCUAACUCAGUCACUGUCAAGUGUGACCUUCGUCGAAAUCAAGCAGUCACUAAAGCCGUUCAGACAGACAACGAAGGUCGAAAUCAAGCAAUCUGUAAAGCCAUUCAGACAGACAAUGAAGCGAAUGCAGCUGUGAAUGAUUCUGAUGACGGGUCAAUGGAUCUCUUCGUGGAUAAUCUGCAAGACAAACAUGAAGCAACACUGAUCACAGGAGGAUAUUCCGUUUUGCAGAAGAAGAUCAUCUCAGAGUUGAAUCUUUGGCAAAAUAUAGUGAUACGGUUUGCUAUCAUUGGUGAAUCAGGAUCAGGCAAGUCGUCCUUUAUAAAUGCAAGUUCAAGUUCAAUAUUUUAUUUGCUAAAGGCCACCGGCCCAAGACAACAAAUAUGUAUAUUACAAAUGUGCAAAAGCAACAAUGGUAACAUCGGUUGAACAAUUUACAAUAUAAUACAAACACAAUUACAAAACAAACAAAUGAGAGAAAAAUCCCACAAGAAACCA